UCAAUUGUCAAUGUCAUCUAUCUGUCAAUAUUGUCAAACUUUGUUCCAUAUUCCUUUUCCUCUUAAAUUGUCUUACGAGAGGAGCAAAAAUGGGUCGUUACUCCCGAGAACCAGAUAACCCAGCGAAGUCAUGCAAGGCCCGUGGCUCAAAUCUCCGUGUUCAUUUCAAGAACACAUAUGAAACAGCAAUGGCAAUUAGGAAGUUACCUCUUCGCCGUGCUAUCCGCUAUCUUAAAAAUGUAGUUGAUAAGAAAGAGUGCAUACCAUUCCGCCGUUUCAAUGGUGGAGUUGGUCGUUGUGCACAGGCCAAGCAGUUUGGUACCACACAGGGUCGCUGGCCGAAGAAAUCUGCUGAAUUCCUUCUACAGUUAUUGAGGAAUGCAGAGUCAAAUGCUGAUUACAAAGGUCUAGAUGUCGACAGGCUGGUCAUUGAUCAUAUUCAGGUAAACCGCGCGCCAUGCCUCCGCCGGCGUACAUACCGUGCUCACGGUCGCAUCAACCCCUACAUGUCAUCUCCAUGCCACAUCGAGGUGUGUCUCAGUGAACGCGAGGACGCUGUAGCACGUGCGGCACCCGCCGACGACGCGCCCGCCAAAAAGAAACUCUCCAAAAAGAAGUUGGCUCGUCAAAAGGAAAAGAUGAUGAGAGAAUAGGCAUUUAAGGGUUAAUAAAUGACUUACCACAA